CCCGGGUACCAGCAAUCUUUGCGGACCCGUUUGAGCGUCAGCCGUCAUUUCCCAGAGAUGGCUACCAUACACUACAGUACAAACGAGGAGUGCUGGCCCACAGUGGGGGGAUGGGGGCCAACAACAACAACAAUGACAGCCCAGGGAGAAUUCGGCACCUGGUCCACUCAGUCCAGAAACUCUUCACCAAGUCACAUUCAUUGGAGGGGCCGCACCACACACAGCCCUCAAAGGGGGCCAAUAAUGGGAGCGUUAAUGGUGGUGGUGGUGGCGGAGGAGGUGGUGGUGGUGGUUCACGGGCCAGCCCAGAGGGUGAAACUCCACCAGUGGGAGUGCGCCAACGGAAGCGCAGCAAGAGCCGUGAGCGCUGUCGAUCAGCGGAGCCCAAGCAUCGAAGCCACCACCACCACCAGCUCCACGGCUCAGCGUCUGCUCCAGGCUCCGGAUAUUGGAGCUCAGAUGACAACCUGGAACGGGAGCUGUGUCUCUACCACCCUCACCACCACCAACCUCCACCCUCACCUUCACCCUCCAUUUCCCCCUCGCCCAUCGCCAUGACAAUGGGCCGGUAUCCCGGCAACAACCAUGACAAGUUUCCCCAGACUCCCCUCCCCAGUCUCUCCUCCUCGCAGUCCCAGCAGUACUUCAUGAUGGACCCUUACAGUACACUCAACGAGCACACACACACCCAUGCACACCAUGGCCACACACACCACCAUUCUGCACUCAAAGCCUCCCGGAGCAACAACGAUGUGAAGUAUGCAGCGUCGUCGGCAUGUGUGCCAGUUAGUGGUAGCAGCAAUAACAGCGGUGGCGGUCUCGUUGGAGGAAGUGGCCCCUUGAUGCCACUGGGUCUUGUGGACGGGCCCCUUGUGAAGAAAGGGGCAUGGUCAUCAAGCCUAACGGUGAGCAGGGCCCGAGAGGUCUACACCAACAACAGCAGCCACAACCACCUACGAGCCAGCGCAGGAUCCGGUAACCUAAACCUAGAUAGAGCUCUAUUCAAAUCUAAGGCCAGUCAGCAGCAGGAGCGAUCUUGCCAUUUCUUACAGGUACCCCAGGAUGAGUGGAGCGGCUUCUCUCCGCUGGGGAAGGAGGACGAUAUCCCCUGUCGGAGGAUGAGGAGCGGCAGCUAUGUCAAAGCCAUGGCUGAGGACGACAGCGGAGACUCCGACGGGAGUCCCAAACCCUCCCCCAAAGUCCAGGCACGCCGAGCCAGCUACCUGAAAGCCACACAGCCGUCACUGACUGAGAUGACCACUCUACAGAUUUCGACGGAGCACUCCCCUAAACUGCAGAUCAGGAGCCACAGUUACCUGCGUGCGGUGAGUGAGGUUUCAAUCAAUAGAAGCGUGGAUACCCUGGACCCCAAAACCCUCCUCGACCCCAAAUCGCUGCUGUCCUCACCCCAAUACCGCUCACGCAAUGAAAGCUACAUGAGGGCCAUGAGCACCAUCAGUCAGCUGAGCGAGGUGGAGUUGAAUGGGCAGAUCGAGCAGGUGUGUGAGCAGGUCUACAGUGCGUUGCAGGCCCAGGCCAUGGAGGCCGCCAUGGACAGCUUGGAGACCAUGGACACCCUGCCUAUGCCGGGGUGCUUCCGGAUGCGGAGCCACAGCUAUGUGCGGGCGAUUGAUCAGGGCUGUUCAGGGGAGGAGGAGGGAGAAGGAGGGAGGCCGCUGCUCAUCCUGCCUUCCUCCCCACCGCGUACAUCCGCCACCACCGUCAGGACCAUCCAGAGCAGCACAGUUUCAUCUUGCAUCACCACCUAUAAGAAAACCCCUCCACCAGUGCCGCCCCGAACUUCAACCUGCUCCACAGCCUCCAAGCCCUACAUCUCCAUCACAGCCCAGAGCAGCACCGAGUCUGCACAGGAUGCAUACAUGGAAGAGGAGGGACCCAGAGGUGACAUGACCAUCCAAUCAGGGCUCAGUAACUCAACAGAAAGCAUUGACAGCAUGAAGGCCCUGACAGCUGCAAUAGAAGCUGCAAAUGCACAGGUCCAUGGACCAGCCAGUCAGCAUGUCAGUAACAGCACCAUGACAGUCAGCACCCCCACCCCCUCAAUCCUGAGCAGGGGGCCAGUUGUUGAAAACCACCGGGAUGUAUACAGGAAAGAAGCACUCAGGAAGGGCAAAUGUCUUUCCAUAGGCAUCCAGGUGGAUGGACCAGAAGAGGUUCCAGAUCCAGAGGACCCAUCCAAGUUCACCUCGGUAGGGGUGCAAGUAGAGGAUGACAGAGGGUAUCGUCGGUUCCAGCGCUCUAACAGCGUGACAGCAGCUGUACAGGCAGAUUUGGACAUGCCAGACCUGCUGGACACCCCUUUAGACUCCCCGGACACUGACAUGGAAGUCCUGUCAUCUGGUGCCAUCUCUCGACAAUACUCCCGCGAUGCUGCCACCUCUACGGUCAGCAUCCAAGGCUCAGGGAACCACUACCACGCCUGUGCCUCCGAUGACUUUGACGAUGUGGGCUUUGACCCAUCCAUCCUCCCCCCUCCAGAUCCCUGGAUAGACAGUGUAACAGAUGACUCACUUGAUGCGGUGCAGCGGUCGGUGUGUCACAGAGAUGGACGCUGGUUUCUGAAGCUGCUGCAGGCCGAGACUGACCGCAUGGAGGGCUGGUGUCGACAGAUGGAGCUAGACCAACGGGAGAAUGACCUGCCUGAAGAUAUCCUCGGCAAGAUGAGGAGUGCUGUAGGAAGCGCUCAGCUUUUGAUGUCCCAGAAGUUUCAACAGUUCAGGGAGCUGUGUGAGGAGAAUCUGAACCCCAACGCCCACCCUCGUCCGGUGGCCUCAGACCUGGCGGGUUUUUGGGAUAUGCUUCAGCUGUCCAUUGAGAACAUAAGCCUCAAGUUUGAUGAGCUUCACCAGCUCAGAGCCAACAACUGGAGACCCCUGGAUCCCCCUGAGAGAAUGGAGAGGCGGCUCCCACCUCCAGUGCCAAAAAAGCCUCCCAAGGGCCCCCACCACCAACCCCCUCUGGCCAGAGACCGCUCCUUGGAGAGCUCAGAGAAACAGCGGCAGGAGGCCAGGAAGCGCCUGUUGGCUGCCAAGAGAGCCGCAUCCGUACGACAAAACUCAGCUACGGAGAGCGCUGACAGCAUCGAGAUUUACAUCCCCGAGGCUCAGACAAGGCUAUGAGGACACUACCAGGGACACACACACAGGGUUGACAUGCAGUACACAUACACACCAUACACAACACAAACACAAAAAGGAAUGGUUGUCCACGCCAAGGUACGGGGUGUAACCGAAAAUCUGAAUACUUUAUUUAGAUAUGCCCAGAUCAUGCGCUCUGAACAGAUAGGGAAAAAGAAUUGCAGUAAUAUUCUUCUGAGUCAUAACUCAUAAACACACAGACAUCCUACACAACUUGCUACAGUCAGCACAAUUCAGUCUUUACAGUGGUGUUUGUAUUUCUGAUAUUAAAAAAGGCGCUCCUUAUAACUUCUUUUAUUUUAAUCUGGUCCUCAUUGUAUCCACAAAAAAAAAUGCAAUAGAGCUAUUUUGGCUUGUUUCUUUAAUAGUUUUCAAAUUUUUCAUCAUAGACACAUUUUAAACCAACUUUCACAUUCAUCUGAGCCUAACUUCCAUUUUAAAAACCCCGUCCA